AUGGAACGGGUGGUUCUGCCCAAUGGUGACGAACGCGACAUCGAGAUCAAGGACGCACUGUUCGUACCAAGUAUGAGCAAGAAUCUGCUUUCGGUGCCACAGAUCAGCAAGGGUGGCAGGUUCCAAGUCGUGUUCGAUGGAUCCAAGAUGCAAGUGAAGCGCAAGAAUUCCACACAAGUCGUGGCAACAGCGGAUCUCGUCGAUGGACUUUACUGGCUGCGGACUCCUCAACGAUCGGCAAAUGCAGCAACACGCAAUGGGACCAUCGACUUGCAUGCGCGCAUGGGUCAUGCACCCCUCGAAGUUCUGCGCAAGAUGGUGGCCACUGGCAUGAUCAAGGACGCCAAGGCACCUCUCAACUCGACUAGUCCAAGUGUGUGUCGCGGUUGCCAGCAAGGAAAGAUGGUCCAAAAACCAUUCCCAACCAACCGUGACAAACGCCAAUAUGGUGUGUUCGAGUUGCUGCACUUCGACAUCUGCGGGCCAAUGGAACAAGUCUCGAUCGGCGGCAGCAAAUACUUACUGCUUGUGGUUGACGAAGCUAGCGGUUGCAUGAAGGGCUUCUGUCUGCGGUCCAAGUCUGAGAGUGACGACUGUAUCAAGAACCACAUCAUCAAGAUUCAAACUCAGUUCGGCACGAAGAUCAAGUUUGUUCGGCACGAUGGAGUGCAUGAGUUUGCGACCAACUCCAUCAAGACCUUCUACGAAGAUCAUGGUAUCGAACAACAGAUCACGGUGCCGUAUGCACACCAGACCAACGGCACCGCAGAACGCGCGAUAAGGACCAUCGUCACGAUCGGACGCAGCUUGUUGCAUCAUGCAAAACUGGAGAAGUGUUUCUGGGCUGAAGCGGCAAUGACGGCGAUCUACAUCAAGAACCGCCUGCCUUCACCCAAGAUCGACCACAAGACUCCGUUCGAAAUCGUGUACAAGUCGAAACCAAGUGUCAAGCACAUGCGCGUGUUUGGAUGUCGGGCGUUUAUCCUGACACCAAGGGAGAAUGUUGACGGUCAUCGGUUUCUACCAGUAUUGGUAACCGUGACCGAUCCAAUCCGAACCGCCUGUUCAGCUUAG